AAUUUCAUUUCUCUCUUCCCAUAAACACCAACUAUCUGGCCAUCUCUCUUUGCGUUCCUCUCCGUUCAUCGGAGUGUGGUUGAUCGAGUUUACAGCUUCCGAAUCGCAGUUGGUGGAUAAUCUGAAGAAGAUGAGAAAGCAUAGGUUUAGGGAGUCCAUAAAGUCCAUUUUUGGGCAUCAUGUUGAUCCAGAAAAGGAUGAACAACUUAAAGGAACAAAAAAGGAUAUUGAAGAAAAGGUGAAAAAGAUUUUAAAGCUUAUAAAAAAUGAACAACUUGAAGAAAGUGAUGGGAUCUCAACAACAGACUCAAAAAAAGGACCUCUAGUUGAGCUAAUUGAGGAUUUCCACAAACACUACCAAAAUCUCUAUGCACAAUACUAUCAUCUAACAGGAGAGUUAAGGAAAAAGGUUCACAGCAAGCAGGAAACCGAUCCCUCUUCUUACUCCGGCUCACACUCUGACUCAGACUCUGACUCUGAUCAUUCUUCAAGGGGGCAAGACUGUAAGAACGGAAAACUGGAAAGCGAAUCUCAGAAAACACCAGAAGGCAUUGAACAAGAACUUGAAACUGCAAACCUGGAAAUUGCUGAGCUUAAGAGAAAGUUGACUGCCACAAAUGAGGAAAAAGAUGCUUUGAAGUCAGAAUGUCAAACAGCUGUCAGCAAGAUUCAAGAAGCAGAGGAAGUCAUCAGACAUCUAAAGCUUGAGGCUGAAAGGUUAGAAACUGAAAACUCAAAACUUUUGGUCGAGAAUGGAGAACUGAAGCCCAAAGUGGAUGCUGCUGGUAAGAUUGAAGCUGAAGCAAACCGAAAAUUAGAAGACAUGAGCAAAGAAAAUGAUAACUUAAUCAGGGAGAAAGAGAAUGCUAUUAAAAGAGUUGAAGAAGGGGAGAAGAUCAUAGAAGAUCUAGGAAGCAUGGUUGAUCGGCUGAGAGAGGAAAAUGUAAAUCUUAGACAAGAACUUGAAACUGUUAGAGGUGAAUUUUCCAAUGUGCAGCAGCAACUGGAAUCAGCUGAACACCAGCUUUCAGAUUUAAGCCAGUCUCUGAAGACUGGCAGGGAAGAGAAUGAGUCCCUGAAUUUAAAACUUUCAGUGGCUUUAAAUGAGAUUCAGCUGGCUGGUAAGAGAACAGAAGAACAGAUGGCUGAAAUAGGUAACUUGAAUGAGAAACUGGGUAAUAAAGUAAGGGAAUUGUCAACUCUUACAGAGAUGCAUGAGGCACAUGGGAAUCAGUCAUCAGCUCAGAUAAAAGAAUUAGAGGCAGUAGUGAUGGGCCUAGAACUGGCGUUAGAAUCAUCUCAAGCACAUAAUAGAGAUGUGGAAGUGCAGAUUGAGAGAAAAGCAACUGAAUUAAAACAGUUGGGAGAGGAAAAUGCAGCAAUGCAAGCACGAAUUGUAGUGCUUGAAACGAUGUCAGCAAAGAGAGAAGAUGUGCUUUCUGCUUUGGCAAAGAAAUUCAAGGAUAAUGAGACUGAAUCACUGUCCAGAGUAGAUAAUUUGACUGUGCAGGUCAACAAUCUGCUUGCGGAUGUGGAGUCUUUGCGCUCUCAGAAAGCUGAGCUGGAGGAACAAAUGGUGUACCUUCAAUUAAAAGACCAGAUGGCAGCCGAUUUGGAGCACACUGUUGAAGACCUGAAAAGAGAUAUAGAAGUGAAAGGAGAAGAGAUCAGUUCCUUGGUUGAGAAUGUCCGUAAUAUUGAAGUUAAGCUCCGGUUGUCAACCCAGAAACUCCGGGUUACUGAACAGUUACUUUCUGAGAAGGAAGAAAGCUUCAGAAUAGCAGAAGCAAAGUUCCAGGAAGAGCAAAGAAGGCUUGAAGAAAUGGUUGAGACAUUGUCUGGAAUAAUUGCCACAAACAAUGAAGCUCAUCACAGGAUGAUUACAGAUCUCUCAAUAAUGAUACAAAGCAACUUGACUGGGUUUGAAGCUGUAAUCCAGAGAUUUGAAGAAGAUUACGGGCACCAUGAGCAUUAUAUUCUGGAAACGUCAGAACUCCUAAGGGUUGCAAAGAAUUGGGUAGUGGAGAUGAAGAGUAAAGAGGAACAGCUAAAGAAGGAGGUGAGUGGUUUGGUUGAACAAUUGCAAGGCAAGAAGGAACAGGAAACUAUGUUGAGAACGAGAAUCGAGGGACUAGAGGUCAAGGCAAGCAAGGAAGAAGCAGAAAAGGACAAUCUGAUGAAUGCUGUGAAGCUUCUGGAAAAGAAGGUCGAGUUAUUGGAAACAAAGAUAAGGGAUAAGGAUGAUGGUAUUAUGGGUUUAGGAGAGGAAAAAAGGGAGGCCAUUAGGCAGCUCUGUUUGUGGAUCGAUUACCACCGUAGUCGUUAUGAGUAUCUCAAGGAAACGUUCUCGAAGACUGGUGGAAGAGGCCAGAGGGCAACCUAGAAGUCCCUGAAAAGUUUCUAUUCCAGUAUGUUCAUUUGGUUCUGUAUUGUUGGUUCUUUUCAAUUAUUUCAUUUUUUCGUUGAUGUUGAUGGGGGUAAAGACGAUGGGGGUAGUUAGCAUCAUAUAAAACUCUUGUUGCGUGUUUUUAUCAUUUUUUAGUCAUUUGUCAAGGGAUCUAUUACUGGGGUGAAAAUAUGAUUUUUCGACAAAUUGGGAAAAUAACGAAUACAACAGGCA